UAUUGUUAGCGUCUAUAUAACGUUUGUUCGCGGCGGAUGUUUUGUUUCUAGAUAUUCAAUUAUGCACAAUAAAAUACGAUUUGUGGGGAAAAUGCUAUCCAUUUCCGUUGUAUGUAGCCUGAGUUUGUUGGUGCUGGUUUCCGCUCACGAAGAGCAUGACUCGGAUUACUGGAACCAUCAAGCGCACGAUUUGUUGUUCGAGAAAAAGGAUUACACCAUGCAGAAAAUUAACGUUGCCAAGAACAUUGUCGUUUUCGUCGGUGCGGGAAUGUCCCAGGCGACAGUGACGGCUGCACGGACCGUUAACGGGGGAGAAAACGCCACGUUCGCAUUCGAGAAGCUCAAAUGGAGUGGCAACGCAAGGACAUAUUGUGUCGACAGUCGGGUGCCCGAUUCUGCCUGUGCCAGCACAGCAUUUCUGACCGGAGUCAAGAGUAAUUUCGGGACAGUAGCCGUUCAGCCCAGCGUAAAAAGAGGGAACUGUUUAGCUACUGGUGACAAGGUGAAGCAGCUUGAAUCCAUCGCUAAAUGGGCGCUGGAUAGUGGAAAGGUCGUUGGUUUCGCGACCACAUCUCGUGUGACUGCCGGUUCCAAUGCCGCUCUGUAUGCGAACUCCGCCGACAAGGACUGGGAGAACGAUGCAAGCGUUUCCGCGGCAGGAUGUAACCCGAGAGAAGUUAACGAUAUUGCUUAUCAACUGGUUCAUGGCGAUAUUGGUAAGCAUUUCAAGGUUAUCUUCGGCGGAGGCAGGAAGAACUUCAUCCCAGCGAAUGAAACUGAUAAAAGUGGUGCACGCGGCGAACGUGCCGACGGCAGAAACCUUAUCGGGGAAUGGCAAGCAUCCAAAAGCGGAAAUGCAGUGUACAUUAGUACCGCGGCUGAACUGGGGGCGCUGAAUACGAGCAACAUCGAUUACCUACUGGGUCUUUUCGACUACGACCGACUGCCGUAUGCGGUCGACAUCGGUGAGGGUCAGAAUGUGGACGCUCCUCCUCUGGUUAGAAUGGUCCACUACUCGCUCGAGAUGCUGCAGAAGAAGGAGCAUAGUGCGGGAUUUCUCUUGUUCGUGGAGGAUGGUAACAUUCAGGAGGCCCAUAGGGAGAACAAACCUUACAAAGCCCUGCAGCAGGUUAAACAUUAUGCGAUGGCGUUCAACAUGGGUCACAUGAUGGUUUCUGAGACUAACACGUUGGUCAUAUCGAUGAACGACGUCGGCAGCACACUUUCGAUUCCUGGAUAUCCGCAACGUAACACCGAAGCCCUAACUUCAGCUGGCGUUAGCGACAAAGAUUCCAAACCCUAUCUUAGCCUUGCCUACGCGACUGGCCCAGCAUACGAUUCGUUCUACAAUCAAAACGAGGGACGCCUUAAUCCACUGACAGUGCUGCAGGGAAUGGCAUCGCAAAAAGAAUCUACCUGCAGUGCCGCCGUUCCUAUGAUCGAGGGCGUCAACGGUGGUGAGGACGCUUCCGUCUACGCCAGUGGGCCGUGGGCGUUCAUGCUGUCUGGUGGGUUCGAGCAAAAUUUUAUCGCCCACACCAUCACGUUUGCGUCCUGCAUCACCGAUAUUUGCGGAGGGGCUUCCAGCAUAGUGGUAUCAACCGUCGCUUUGGCGCUGGCGAUUGUAGUCAAAUUUUUCGUUUAAUCAUAAGAGAAAGAACGACUGAGAUUCACCAUGAUGUCAUUUAGCUAUACACUGUACAUUCAAAAAAUUUCAUAAAAGAAAAAACUUUAAUUGCAAACCACAA